UUGCGAUAUUAAGAGAAAGAAGUUUAAAUUAUCUGUAGAUUCGGAGACCGUUCGAAUGAGCAGUUUUUGUCACUUCUGUUGUUCACAUUUGUGAACAUGUCCAAAUCAGUUGAUCAACUUCGCCUUGGUAACUACAGCAACUAUUACGAAAUACGCGACCGGGAGAACCGUCCUACGUGCAUUGCCGAAAGCCUUCCGGAGUGUUUAAAACUGUUGAACGGGAAUGGAAUCGCCUGCGAUAUCUUCAUGUUGGACAUCGGUUGCAACAUUGGAAAGCUGACGCAAAGCGUCAGAGAUGUAAUAGAAGCAGCUCUGCAAAGCCAGAACGGGCAGGUGCGAGCCCUUGGAGUUGAUAUCGAUGGUAGUCUCAUCGACAGAGCCAUCAGGAAUUAUGGAACGCAAUUGCUCGAGUUUGCGCAGAUCGAUAUCGGUGCUGUUGCUCACGGUGAAGUGCCGGAUAACAUUCAGCAAUAUUUGAGGGAAAAGUCAAUUGAGCGAUUUGACUUUGUUUGUUGCUUCUCUGUUCUGAUGUUCAUUCAUCUGAUACGAGGGGACGACGGCUUGAGAACGGUGUUGGACUACAUUUGCGCACGGACAAAAAUUUUAGUUCUGGAGUUGCACAGCUGGGAAAGCUAUGUUAAUCAGUACGAAAUGCAUCGCCAGAGUGGAGAAUAUUACGAACACUUCGAUGAUCUACAGCUGCGAGGAGAAGAAAAGAUUAGGCAAUAUGUAAUUUCUAAAGGGUUUAUUGUUGUACGAGACGCGGCAGAGAAAAUUCCACCAAGAAACCGAGCUAUUGAAAUUUUCUUCAAGCUAUGAUAGUUGUUAUUUAAAUUAUUUAUUAAUUUUGAUUAUUUUUGUUACAUUUAUAAAUUUAUGUUUUUUAUAUCAAUUUUGUUUUAAAACGACGUAUCGGAAAUACAUCUAAUGUUAUUGAGUUUCAUGGUUAUGUACGUUAAAAAUAAUUUCAAAGAUUUCUAGAAAAUUGAUUUUACCCGGCCAUGAGAAU